GUUGAAGAGAUCUUGCUUCUCGAACUUCUCACUCGUGACAACAGACGACAAUCGACGACCUGCCACGCCGACAAGAUGGGUGCCCUCAAGUACGUGGAAGAGAUCCAGAAGAAGAAGCAGUCCGACGUGAUCCGCUUCCUGCUGCGUGUCCGUUGCUGGGAGCUCCGUCAACUGAACGCCAUCCACCGUGCUUCCCGUCCUUCUCGCCCCGACAAGGCUCGUCGUCUCGGCUACAAGGCCAAGCAGGGCUAUGUUGUCUACCGUAUCCGCGUGAGACGCGGUGGCCGCAAGCGCCCCGUCCCCAAGGGUGCCACCUACGGCAAGCCCACCAACCAGGGUGUCAACCAGCUCAAGUACCAGCGCGCUCUCCGUGCCACCGCUGAAGAGCGUGUCGGCCGCCGCUGCGCUAACCUGCGCGUCCUGAACUCCUACUGGAUCAACCAGGACUCCACCUACAAGUACUUCGAGGUCAUCCUUGUUGACCCCCAGCACAAGGCUAUCCGCCGCGAUGCCCGCAUCAACUGGAUCUGCAACCCCGUCCACAAGCACCGCGAGUCCCGUGGUCUCACCGCCACCGGCAAGAAGUCCCGUGGUAUCAACAAGGGCCACCGCUACAACAACACCAAGGCUGGCCGUCGCCACACCUGGAAGCUCCAGAACACCCAGAGCUACUGGCGUUACCGCUAGAUGUAGCCCCGGGGCUGCUGAGUGGGAGUGUUGGAGUUGUGGGCAAUGGAAAACGCAUGCUGGAAUGCUUGUGGAUGUGUUUACUCCAAUCAAAACUCGUUUCUGCGUGCCGGUCUAUCAACUGUCGUGGUGCGAGAACAAUGCAACAGAUCUUCAUGGUCGGAUGUUAGCAAAAAUUUUUCUUUUCUUCUGGUUCAUCUUGAUUCCCCCAACGAAGUACGGCUUUUUGUUUUUGACUUCUCUGUGUGCUUCUGGCGGCUCGUAGUGUAGAUUGUAGAUCACAGUACGGGACUAGUGGGGGAUUGGGACUUGCAACUCGUGUUUGA